CAGCCGCAGCCUCCAGCCUCCAACCUCCAGCCUCCAGCCUCCAGCCUCCGGCCCGCAGCCUCCAGCAUGCGCCUGGUGCUACUGCUGCUGUCGGCAUGGGCGCCGGCCAGGUCAGUGCUGGCGGACACGCAGGAAGAGGAGGCGAAGAACAACAUCACUAUCUUCACCCGGAUUCUAGACAGGCUCUUGGAUGGCUACGAUAAUCGCCUUAGACCGGGAUUAGGAGACAGUAUCACUGAGGUCUUUACCAACAUCUACGUCACCAGCUUCGGGCCCGUGUCGGACACAGACAUGAAGUGGAAAGACGAAAGGUUAAAGUUCAAAGGGCCGAUGAACAUCCUUCGCCUGAACAACCUGAUGGCCAGCAAAAUCUGGACACCGGAUACCUUCUUCCACAACGGGAAGAAGUCGGUGGCGCAUAACAUGACCAUGCCCAACAAGUUGCUGCGCAUCCAGGAUGACGGCACGCUGCUCUACACCAUGAGGCUGACGGUCCAGGCGGAGUGUCCAAUGCAUCUGGAGGACUUUCCAAUGGACGCGCACUCGUGCCCCCUCAAGUUCGGCAGCUAUGCCUACACGACCUCCGAAGUGACAUACAUUUGGACAUACAAUGCGUCAGACUCAGUGCAGGUCGCGUCAGAUGGCUCCCGGUUGAACCAGUACGACUUACUGGGCCAGACCAUCGGGAAGGAGACGAUUAAAUCCAGCACAGGGGAGUACACGGUGAUGACAGCCCACUUUCACCUGAAGAGGAAGAUUGGCUAUUUCGUCAUCCAGACAUACCUGCCCUGCAUCAUGACAGUCAUCCUGUCACAGGUGUCCUUCUGGCUCAACCGGGAGUCAGUACCGGCCAGGACCGUCUUUGGAGUCACCACGGUCCUGACCAUGACAACCCUGAGCAUCAGCGCACGGAACUCCCUCCCCAAAGUGGCCUAUGCCACUGCCAUGGACUGGUUCAUUGCCGUCUGCUACGCCUUUGUCUUCUCUGCCCUGAUCGAGUUUGCCACCGUCAACUACUUCACCAAGCGAGGGUGGGCAUGGGAUGGAAAGAGUGUGGUCAAUGACAAGAAAAAGGAGAAGGCUUCCGUCAUGAAGAAGAAUAAUGCCUAUGCGGUGGCUGUGGCCAAUUACGCCCCCAACAUCGCCAAGGACCCGGCCCUCGCCACCGUCUCCAAGAACGUGGCUAGCGCCGAGCCCGGCAAGAAGCCGGAAGGGAAGCCAGCAGAGGCCAAGAAGACGUUCAACAGCGUCAGCAAGAUCGACCGGAUGUCCCGCAUCGUUUUCCCCGUCCUCUUCGGGACCUUCAACCUGGUUUACUGGGCUACCUACUUAAAUAGGGAGCCUGUGCUCCUGGGGUUCGCACCGUCCACCUAGGCCCCGCAGAAGGCCCCGGGCCAUGUCGCUGGGCCCCCCGGGGGUGGUACAAUGGGUCACUGCUAAUCUGCGAUCCUGUGUGUACAGUGUGUAAAUAGACAAAGCUCUUCUCCGCCCA